CUCGCCUAAUGGCGUACAAGGCCGAUGUGGUUGUGGAUGUCUAUACUUCGCAGAUCUAUUCAGCGAGAAGAUGCUUUCCCCGGCUAGCAGUGGCACCCGAAUCAAACGAAAUUAAGGAGGCGCGGCUGCUGUUGAGCAAGCAAGCGAGGACAAAAGCAGAGCAGCCGGCGACCGGAGCGCUCGGAGUUCAGUAUCGGCCGCAUCACUGUGGUUUUAGCGUCGACGUUGACAUGGUGGGACGGGUACAAGAUCUAAAAGCAGCGGUGGAAACAGAGCUCCCGAAAUGGACGAAAGAGCUAAAGGGCAGCUACGGCGAGGACUACGCAGAUGAGUUAGACGGCAAGCUACGGGGUUUCUUCCAUGAAGAAUUUCAGCAGCUCCGCGAGAUCGCGAUUUUGGAAAUGGCGCACCUGAACGACCCUCUUCAGUCCGAAGCCUACCCGCCGGAGGCCGCGAAGCCACUACAAGCUGUCCGCCUCUCCGGCCUUCUAGGUUCUCCGGAGCUGAAUCGCAAGACAGGGCUCUUGGGGAGCUUCAAUGCACAAAGCGGGCAGUGGGCGGUGGAAAUGAUUUCCGAAGGCGGUCAAAAAGUCGAAGCAUUGUUCAGGCCCGAGAAUAUUGAAAUCACCGACAGCACAAAUUUCCGAGAGGUCGAACAGCCAGCACAAAAGGCCAAACAGGCAGGGCGAGGGGCAGCACAACAGGAAAGGCCGGCGGUGGCCGAUCGUCCGGUACCGAAAAAAGGUAAAAGCAAGAGGAGGCCGCGCUCCCGCAACGGAGAGCGACCCCCCCCCUCCCGCAACGGAGAGCUCCCGCAACCGGGAGUUUGCAAGGGCGGGCCGACGUUAGCGGGAUGGGAAUCCUUGCGUACGUUACAGAAUCGCGGAUGUGCAGUAACGAUAAAUGGGGUACCGGCACCGGUACCUUAAGCCCGGUGCGGACUUGGCGUUUAUGUUUGUGACCCCACUGCUCAAAUAAUUGCUUAUUCUUAUAUUCUACUCACUUUAACAAAACUAACACCCAUGGAGUCAUGACUUUUCCUUUUCCCAUUCUUUCAAACCCAGAUUCGAUAUUGGAG